CAUAGUAGAUUUUUAAGAAAUGUCGGACGGGCGAGCGAUGGGUCGCGGUUGCAGUGACGUUUGAUAACAAGAAUUGUUGUAAAAGAUACAAAAUUGGGCGGUAUUUAUUACACCAAUAAUUUAUAUAAGUGUGAAUGCCUCUAUUUUAUAUUCAGUGACGUUGAAUAUCGGUGUCGUUUUAGGGAUUAGAGUAUAACCUCUUCGAAUGAACAAUCUAUAAUCUUUCUGGUAAUUGAAGCUAAAAUUCUUUAGCUCACGAUAAAUGAAAGUGUUGUUUACAUUCCGUGAAGUGUAUGGUGUGCGAAUUCUACGCGUUGUGUGUACGGAAUUAUUGGUGAUCGGCAUUGUGCGACAAAUAUGUGUGAACGACAAGCUUUGUGUAUAAAAUGUGUGUAAAUUCUUAUAAUCCAAUUAUAAAGUGUAUUUGCUGUAUUUGUGGUGGAAUGUUGCCGUAGGAGUGCGAUGUCCAGGCUCGUCGACUACUUUGUUAUAGUGGGCUUCGACCACGAAAAGGAGAGGAGCGGUCUGAACAGCGGCGUGGUCCUUCAGCGUUUCCCCGAGAUCAAUUGGGAAGACACUCCCUUCCACGACGGAAUAGGAUGGUUCUGCCAGCCGCAAGGAUGGGCGCUUUCGACGGAGAGGAUCGAGCCUCGGUUCUACGUGUCCGUGCUGACGGACGUGGACGCGAACCGGCACUACUGCGCCUGCCUCUGCUUCAACGAGACCAUCGCCAUCACGCCCACCAAGCCCGCAGACGAGGACGAAGAGUCUCUGGAGUCGACGCGGCCCGUCCCGAACAUCACCCACCACAGCAUCAUGUACGCCCCCAAAUGUCUCGUCAUCGUGUCACGGCAAGACUACAUCGACACGUUCAGAAAUUGCCUAGGUAUAAUCUACACAGUAUGGGUGGAGAACUUGGGCGUUCCUCUAGAGACGUUGGUCGGUAACCUGGUGGGCGGCGUGCUGGUGCCGGACGCGGGCGGGCCGCAGGUGCGCUUCAGCAUCGGCGCGGGCGACCGCCAGGCCCUGCAGCCGCCCGCCGCGCCGCCCAUGCCCGUCACGCACACCGCUGUCUACAUGCUGCUUAGGUUACUUGGUAUCCACAACUCGGUAACGCUAUGGUGCGCGGUGAUGAGCGAGCACAAGGUCCUCCUGGUGUCCCUGGCCGCGGCCCGCCUCGCCGCCGCCUGCCGCGCCCUCGCAGCGCUCAUGUUCCCGUUUCGUUACGCGCACGUCUACAUCCCGCUGCUACCGGCCGGCCUCGCCGAGGUGCUGGCCACGCCGACGCCAUUCCUGAUAGGAGUACAUUCCAGUCUCAAGGAGGAGGUUUCUGAACUGCUGGACGUGAUAGUAGCAGACUUAGACGUAGGUUCUCUCCACAUUCCCGCCGGCGUGAACAUCCCCCGGCCGGAGGGCAAGCUGCUCUCUUCGCUGCAGGACGCCUUAGCCCUGGUCUUACAGCCGGAGCUUCGGUCCGCGGACUCGGCCUUCGCCCCGCCGCCACCCGCCUCCUCCCCCCCACACAUGCUGGAUAAGGAGAUCAGGGCGGUGUUCAUGAGGACGCUGGCGAAACUUCUACAGGGAUAUAGACACUGCCUCACAAUAAUCCGCAUCCACCCGUCCCCGGUGCUAACGUUCCACAAGAUGGGUUUCCUGGGCGCGCGCGGACUGUCGCAGUGUCAGUUCGCGAUGCGGCUGCUCGACUCCAUGUUCUUCAACGGCUUGGUGGCCGAGCGAGGCCCGCCUUGGAGACCCACCGAUAUAUGGGAUGAACUCGUGCAAAAUCUUCCGGAGCAGUUAAGGUUGGAGUCAUUAAACCCUGAACUAGAAUUGCAACACAUACAAGAUUUGGCGAUGCAGUUACAUCUCAAUGAGAAUCCUAAUCCUCAGUCGUUCCAGCAGCGCAUCCUGCGGCCGCCGGCGGGCGCGUCGUCCCGCAUCCACCAGCCGCCGCUGCCCGCGCUGGACGCGCCGCGCGUGCGGGACGUCAUGCGCGACGUGGCGCAGCGGGCCGCCGCCAACCACAAACUGAGUUCCCUCCGUCCACCACAAGCCCGCAUAGUCCCGCCCGCCGCGCCACCUACCGGCGCUGCGGAGUACGCGCACUUGUUGCUCACCAACUCCGCUAGGAGGUUAGAGGUGCUCCGCUCGUGCAUCGCGGCGCUGUUCGAGUGCCGCUACGCGGACGCGCGCAAGUCCUUCCCGGGAGUGCUGCGCGCGCUGCGGGCGCCGGGGGCCCGCGCGGCCCUCGUGCGGGACCUGGCCGCGCGCCUGCCCAGCAACAAGCAUCUGCUGCACCAUCACCAGUUCGAGCUGGUCGUCAGACUAAUGAACUGCGCGCUCCAAUCAGCCACAGCUCUAGACGAGCACUCGAUAGCGGCGGCCAUGUUGCCUCUCGCCACCGCCUACUGCAGGAAGCUGUGCACCGGCGUCAUCCAGUACGCUUACAUGUGUAUACAGGAGCAUCCAGUAUGGACGAGCCAGCAGUUCUGGGAGGCUGCCUUCUACCAAGAUGUACAAAGAGAUAUCAAAGCUUUAUACCUACCGAACCCGUCACAUCACCAGAGGGUGCCUAGUCCGAGAGACGACGAAGAAUACAUAUCGCUGUUGAAGGCGCAAGAACCGAGCGCGUUGGAAAUUGCAGCCGAACAGAUGAGGCUCUGGCAGUCCUUGCCGCCAGAAAAACAACGCGAGUUAAUAGCAAGCGAAGAAUCCACAUUGUACAGUCAAGCAAUACACUACGCGAACCGCAUGGUGUACCUGCUACUGCCGCUAGAGGGCGCCGGCAGACGCGCUGACGUCAGAGGCGACGAUGCCGAUAGAGCCAGCAAUAGUAUUACUAACAGUGUCGCAGAGUCUGAUAGCGUGGACGCGGAGUCUGGCUUCGAGGAGGCGGACCCCGGAGAAGCGGGGAACAACGUUAUCAAAAUGGUCUCGAGAUUUGUUGACAAAGUGUGUACAGAAGGCGGUGUGACGGCGGACCACGUCCGCUGCCUGCACCAGAUGAUCCCGGGCGUCGUGCACAUGCACCUCGAGACGCUGGACGCCGUCGCGCGCGAGAGCCGCCGCCUGCCGCCCGUGCAGAAGCCCCGCAUCGUAGCGCCCUCACUAGUCCCGGGCGAGGCAGUCGCAGUGCCCGCGUUACGCGCGUACCUGGUCACUGACGGCCGACACACGCCGCUGCUGCCGGCAGAGGGCGCGCUGUUCCUCACUAACUACAGGCUCGUGUUUAAGGGCACGCCUACUGACCCCUAUGCUUGUGAGCAAACAGUAGUCCGUUCGUUCCCGCUGUGUUCCCUGACGCGGGAGAAGGCGGUCCGCACUCACUACCUACCGCACUUGGAACAGUCUCUACAAGAGGGACUGCAGUUGAGAUCUGCUACCUUCCAACUUAUUAAGGUGGCCCUGGACGAGGAGGUGAGCAGCGAGGCGGUGGAGGGCUUCCGCAAGCAGCUGGCGCGCCUCCGCCACCCCGAGCACGCGCUGCUGCACUUCGCGCUGGCGCCGCGCUCGCAGCCGCCGCCCCCGCACGCCAUGCCCAAGCACCACACGCUCAGGGGUUUCGCAAAGAAGACCCUCCUGAAGACAGCCCGCAAGGCGGGUCUGAAGCCGAAGCCGUCCAAGCGUCAAAAGUACGUGCUGCCGUCAGCUGACGCGCGCUCGCUGACGUCACCGCCGCUCAUGUCCUCGCUGUCAGCUGACACACUCUCCUUGGAAGAGCUGGAGCUAGUGGGCAGCGAGAGUGCAGAGAGUCCGGCGGCUCGUACAUUAGAACGCGUUCGUGAGCGAGUGUACGCGCGCGACUGGGCGCGGUUGGGACUGGCUCACCCGCCGUACCGCCUCGCGCAUGCCAACGCUGUGUAUACGCUGUGCAGAAGCUACCCGGCCGUGAUCCCGGUGCCGGAGAGUUUCGGCGACGACUCGUUGCGCCGGAUAUCGCGCUGCUACCGCCAGGGCCGCCUGCCCGUCAUCACCUGGAGACAUCCCAGGACACACGCGCUCUUGGCCAGAUCAGCGGCGCCCCACCACAAAGGCGUGAUGGGGAUGCUGAAGGCGAGCCACCAGACGCAGGGCAACGCGCCGAGUGGGACCGAGACCACUUCCAGUUUAGAACAGGAGCGUUACCUAGCAACGCUGGUAGCCUGCACGCCGGCCUCGCGCGGCGACCUGGAGGACUCCAGCUUGAGCCUGGACUCGCUGCUGCUCUGCUGCGAGGAUCAGCAGGUCACACACACGCCGCUGCUCACCAAGGCGGCCGGUACACUCAGCGUGUUGGGUCGCAACAGCGGCGGCAAGGGCGGCGCGGGCGGCGGCGCGCGACACUUCGGCCGCUGGGGCUCGCUCAAGGACCGGCGCCAGGCCUCGCACCUGGACCUGUACGCGCCCAGGCAGAGGCUGUCCACGGCAGACGCCGACUCGGUGUGCGGCGAGGCGGGCGGCGGCGCGCGGCGCGCGUCCCUGUACGUGGUGUGCGAGAAGGGCGGCGCGGCGGGCGCCUGCGCGGGCGCGGAGCUGGUCCCGGCGGAGUACCCCGACGCGCGCGCCACCAAGCACGCCUUCAAGAAGCUCAUGCGCGCCGCCGUGCCCUCCGCGCCGCCCGCCAGCGACCAGCCCGGCUUCCUCAGAUUAAUAGAGGAAUCAGGCUGGCUAUGGCAACUGCGACAGCUGUUCCAACUGAGCGGGGCGGUGGUGGAUCUCCUGGACCUGCAGGGGUCUUCCGUAUUACUGUCCUUAGAAGACGGGUGGGAUGCUACUGCUCAGAUAUCAUCUCUCGCCCAAAUCUGCCUGGAGCCGUACUACCGGACACUCGAAGGGUUCCGUAUCCUCGUCGAGAAGGAGUGGCUGGCGCUGGGGCACAAGUUCCAGCAGCGCUCCAACAUCGGGGCCACGCCGCAGCAGGGGUUCACGCCCACCUUCCUCAUGUUCCUGGAUGCUGUACAUCAGCUACAGAAGCAGUUCCCCCUCGCGUUCGAGUUCAACGAGUACUACCUCCGCUUCGUGGCGUACCACAGCGUGUCGUGCAGGUUCCGCACCUUCCUGCUGGACAACGAGGCGCAGCGCGCGGAGCUAGGGAUCACUGCGGCUGAUGACAAGAGGACCGACACCAGUCGCAUGGCGUACCUCUACGAGCAGGGUGUAGAGACAGGCGGCGGCUCGGAGGAGGAGGGCGCAGGCCCCGCAGCCCCCGGGGCCUCGCCGCGGGCCCCCACGCUGGGACACUCGCUGUUCGACUACAUCGACAGGCACCAUCAGAAGUCGCCCAUCUUCUAUAACUUCCUCUACACACCCGAUCUGGAUAAUCCUGUGCUCCGGCCGGUGUCGUCAGUGAGUGCGUUGGAGGUUUGGCUGUACUACACGAGCGAGGAGCUCACUCACGGCGCGCCCUACGACCUGGAGCUGCUGGCGCCCGCGGAGCCCGACACGCGCCAGCCGCAGCGGAGGAUCGUCACGGCGGGAUACGACAGCAUCCCGCGCAGCAUGCCGGACGCCUUCACCGGCUUGCUGGAGAGGAUCCGGCAGCUGGAGCUGGAGCUGGGCCACCUGCCGCAGAAGUGGCGCGUGCGCUGGGACCAGCUCGAGCUGCCCAACACGCUGGAGUUACAGCGCAACUCGUCCAUGUCGUCGGGCGUGGUCCGGCGCGCGACCCUGGCGUGGCACAAGCGCGGGACGGCGGAGCUGCUGGCGCGGGGCCGCCUGGCCGCCGCGCCGCCGCCGCCCGCGCCCGCGCACCGCUGGGCCGCCGCGCCCGCCGCCGCGCCCGCGCGCUGCGACCACUGCCAGGACCUGCUCUGGGGACCGCUCAAGACGGGUGUCCGCUGCGUGGACUGCGGCGCGGCGUGUCACGAGCGCUGCGCGGAGGCGUGGGCGCCGCCCUGCACCAAGUACAAGGCGCCGCCGCCGCCCGACGCCGACGCGCUGCGCCCGCCGCUAGCCGCCGGUGUGGCCACCAUGCAGUCUUCAUCGCAGCAGUACUACGAGCAGUUCUCGUCCAACGUGGCUGAGAACCGCACGCACGAGGGGCAUCUGUACAAGCGCGGGGCUCUGCUCAAGGGGUGGAAGCAACGAUGGUUCGUACUGGAUUCUAUCAAGCACCAGCUGAGGUACUACGACGCGAUGGAGGACUCGCACUGUAAAGGAUUCAUUGAUCUCGCGGAAGUGAUCACAGUGACGCAGGCGCCGCCCGCCCCCGGUCCGCCCAAGAAAUGCGACGACCGAUCUUUCUUCGAUUUGCGCACAAGCCGACGCACAUACAAUUUCUGCGCUAGCGAUGCGAACGCUGCACAGGAGUGGAUCGAGAAGCUACAGGCGUGCCUGCAGUGAACCCGCACCUACUGACCGCAGGACAACGCGGCGAACUACUCAACACAUUGACUGACCAACACGCUUGGUCUGUACAUAUGAGGAGCAGAGCCAUCUGUUGGUGACGACGGGGCUCGUAGACAUGUUACAUUACUCCCAGCUGAUGUAUUGAACUGACAAGUCAAAGUCAACGUCAGUCAUUUGAAGUUUUCUAUUCGUUUUGUUAUGCGGUGUAACAUUGUCUCAGCCCUCAGGAUACGAUGACUAAGCGAUGUCACUAUCGUUCACUAUACAACAAUUUUAACAAGCAAUAACUAACCUUAUGUUGUAACAAAUAAAGAUGAGAUUUGAAAAUCUUGUUGGCAUUGUUGUACGGUAAACGUUAGGCCAUGACUCGAUACUUGCACUCGACAAGUUUCAUCGAUAAUCGAGAACGGAGAUUUUUAUUAUUCAUGUCCUAAGACUUGGUAUAAAUGUUAUUACAAGACUAUAUAAAUAUUGUUUUAUUCUAUAUUUAUUGUUUUUAGAAAAUUUAGUUUCGUUCGUUAUUAAGACGAGAUAUCAAAUCUAUGCUUGUGAAUUUCAUGUUUUGUAUGUUGGUGAAGUAUACUAGUGCCGCCCCUGGCGCUGCCCGCUUGGAGUGUUGCCAGUAGGCGCGAUGAUCUCGAAGCAAUAUAAAACAGACAAAACGGAUUGUUCUUGUGAGUAUUUUGUUGUAAAGUUGCCAUUCCUAUUUACUAUAGAUUGCUUUCAGUGUUAUUAUACAUUUUAUUGAAUAAAAAUAAACAGUUGUGGUACAAGUAUUUGUUGAAUGUUAAUCUUUGUGUUUGGUACAUUAAUUAAAACGUUUUAUUUUGUAAUGAAUAUAAAAAUAUUUUUGUCAAGUCUCACGCAAACAGUCAGGUAUUAUCUAUCGCACGAAAACAACGGCACAGCGAGAAUUUUGCGAUCAUUUCGAAAUGUCAUUACACAAAGUUAAAAUGACGUUUGGAUGUUACUUGUUGUUAUGCACUUAUUGUCGCUGUUGCGUGGCUAUCGCGAGUUAGGUAAUCCCGUUGCUGCUUACAUUUAUAAUCGAAGUAUUUAUAAUUUAAUGUAUUAAUGUCGUAUGUUGCGCGUAUUGUAAAUAUGUAUCUGUUGUGUAAAGUGUUCGGUUCGCGUACCUUGUGUUGUUAUGUGUACACACUAGAUGGCGUUGUAUCGCCAAACCCAUUCUAUGUUAUUGUAAUAAACAACAAAGUUCGCGUUUCCCAUAUUUUAUUACGUAUCAUGUUAAGUUAUAUUCUGUUUGUUUUUGUGUAUUUUAAUUGUAUUAGUGAGUUGAAAGCCUCUCUCGUGUAUAUUAUAGCUAUAUUUUAUACCGACAGACAUAUAGGCAACGUAGAACGCUAUAUUUAGUUCGAAAGUAAUAUUCCUUGUGAAGAGAUAUUAGUUACUUUAUCCAGGAAUCUCGAGCCACAACAAUACAUACUCAUUUUUGUAUGAUUUGUAAAUAAGUACACGUUUUUUGUUUCACAUAUCGCGGAGGGUUUGUACCUCUGUUUAUGUACAUACAUACUAGCUCAUGUAAAUAUUAAUGUUAUUUUUCCGGUAAUUGCAUUUAAUAUCACGUCGGGCGGGUUAUGACUGCGAGGGUUUCGGUCCAAAUUCAUUGUUUUUGCAUCGAUACAAACUUACAAAGGAUGCAUAUAUGUAACUCCGAGUUUGUAUGAAAAACAUUAAUUAAGAGAGUUUGUAUCGAUAGAAAUGCGAAGAUUUUUAAAAUGUCCGUCUACGCUUUUUGUAUUGCGUAAGUAGCAAGUUAAUGUACGCUAAUCUCUUGUAUCGAUGUAAAACUUAGGGCCAGUUGACGCUAGCGCGAUGUUUGUGCCAAAUAUGCACAAAGUGCACAUAACGCGUUGCUCAUGUACUACAAAUGUCGGCUUCACUCGGUUACAGAUACCUAGUUCGAGUCAUCUGUGCGCGCGGUGAUAUGUGUGCGUGCGAGUUAAACAGCUUCACAUAGACACAUAAGUGAAAGCUUUACACGUCACGUUACAAUUACAAGGGUUACACUCACAUGGCGUCGCGUGCAAAGAUGAGUUGAAUUUCCUAUACAUAAGAUAGCAAUAUUGUUUGCCUUAGUUGCGAGGGAAGUGUCGCUUCUGUGUGCUUCAGGAAUCGGGCGCUGUGGAGUGAUGUCAAUACUUACAUUAAAUAUUAAUGUUGAAUCUGUUGUAUACAGGAAUUGAACAAUCACCCGAUUAAAACGUAAAUUAAGUUUUCCAUGUCAAAAAAUGUAUUUUCAUGAUCUUUACAAUUUGUUAACUUCCACGACCGCUCCACAGAGAACUCCGAAACUGUAACUAUAGUAGUGUUAGCUUGGCUUAGACAGAGAUCUAGCCUCGAGAUGUAAACCUAGCCUAUUGCUGUACGUUACGUUCUGUGCAAUAUACCAUGUUAAUAGAUGUGUACCUACCCUUGUUUAGCACUUUACCAACAACAACCGAUUUUAGGCAAUCAAAAACUGACUGAAGAUUUUUAUUUGUAAUUCGCAAAUAUUGCUAUUUUGUCACAGGAGUUUUUCUUUUGUAUUAAAUUUGUAAGAUUACGGGAUACAAGUUGAUUGUUAAUGUUAUAUCAAAAUGUACGGCAGUAGGCUGCGACGAUAACCUGUGACAGUGCACUUGCGUUCCAUCAAAUAAAGAGAUUUUUAAAAUUGUCAAA